UGACAUCUGACUGACAGUUAGGGCAAAAAAAAUCAAAAUAAAUAAAAAAAUAUAGUAAUAAGCAAAAAAGUGUAUAUUUCUCAACAUAUUUAAUUAAUCCUAAGCAAAAGCGAUAAUUUUUUUGAUUUAGGGAGUAGUUUUUAAAAUUAGCCACCAUUUUCGCUCCCGAGUUUCUCAACGAUUUAAAGGUGCUUCUGGUCUUUGUAAUAAGUGCAAGUAGUUUGUAUAUGUUUAGUAGUGUGGACUCUUAAGUAAACAACCAAAUAACCUGCAUUAUAUAUAUGAUAAUCAGGUUUAUGGGCACUCCAGUCAAAUCAAGGAUACCCUAAAAGGUUUUCUAAAUAUUUAUUAUAGUAGAAAAACAAAUAGAUUCGGUGUGGGGCUGGGCGUCUCCGCCCUUACGCCUCCAGUUUUCCUCGCAGUCGAGGGGCCCUUGCCGAAUGGGCGAGAGUACCGGAGGGGAUCGACCCCCCUCGCCCGCCCGACUGUCACACACUUCGGAUAAACAUCCGAAAAACACCCUGACCGAACUGAAUCUACUGCGAAGACAUCGCGAGUUGUGCGACGUGGUACUAAAUGUAGGCGGACGUAAACUGUUCGCCCACAGGGUUAUUCUGAGCGCUUGUAGCCCUUAUUUUAGAGCCAUGUUCACUGGGGAAUUGGCCGAGUCCAGGCAGACCGAAGUUACUAUUAGGGAUAUCGAUGAGAUGGCUAUGGAUUUGUUAAUUGACUUUUGUUACACCUCGCACAUAACAGUAGAGGAAUCGAACGUGCAAAUGCUCUUACCGGCCGCUUGUUUACUACAACUGACCGAAAUCCAAGACAUUUGUUGCGAAUUCCUCAAACGACAAUUGGAUCCGUCAAACUGUCUCGGUAUCCGGGCAUUCGCCGACACUCACUCUUGCAGGGAAUUGCUACGGAUCGCGGACAAAUUCACCCAGCAUAACUUCCAAGAAGUGAUGGAAUCCGAGGAGUUUAUGCUCCUACCGGCCAGUCAAUUGGUCGACAUUAUAGCGAGCGACGAGUUAAACGUUAGGACCGAGGAGCAGGUUUUUAACGCGGUGAUGGCCUGGGUUAAGUAUAACGUGACCGAGAGGAGACAACAUUUGGCCUCGGUACUGCAGCAUGUCAGAUUACCGCUGUUGAGUCCGAAAUUUCUUGUUGGCACCGUUGGGUCAGACCUGCUGGUUAGAUCUGAUGAGUCUUGUAGGGACUUAGUGGACGAGGCGAAGAAUUAUUUGUUGCUUCCGCAGGAGAGGCCGCUCAUGCAAGGACCACGGACUAGACCAAGGAAACCUACUAGAAGAGGUGAGGUAUUAUUUGCUGUUGGAGGAUGGUGUAGCGGCGACGCGAUCGCCUCCGUAGAAAAAUUUGAUCCGCAAACGAUGGAGUGGAAAAUGGUCGCUCCGAUGAGCAAAAGGAGAUGCGGAGUAGGAGUCGCGGUACUAAACGACCUCUUAUACGCGGUAGGAGGGCACGACGGACAAAGCUAUCUGAAUAGCAUCGAGAGGUAUGACCCUCAAACUGAUCAAUGGUCUUGCGACGUCGCACCGACCACAUCCUGCCGAACCAGCGUCGGAGUGGCCGUAUUAGAUAACCUUCUUUAUGCAGUUGGAGGACAAGAUGGAGUUCAGUGCUUAAAUCACGUUGAACGGUACGAUCCGAAAGAAAAUAAAUGGUCAAAAGUGACUUCGAUGACCACGCGACGCUUGGGGGUAGCCGUCGCCGUUUUAGGCGGUUACCUUUAUGCCAUUGGAGGAUCCGAUGGACAGUCGCCUCUGAAUACCGUUGAAAGGUACGAUCCGCGACACAACAAAUGGACAUUGGUCAGUCCGAUGUCGACGAGGCGAAAACACUUGGGCUGCGCCGUAUUCAAUAACCUGAUCUACGCGGUGGGCGGUAGGGACGACUGCAUGGAACUGAGCAGCGCAGAACGCUACAAUCCGCACACGAACACCUGGAGCCCCAUCGUAGCGAUGACAUCGCGAAGGAGCGGGGUCGGUUUGGCGGUAGUCAACGGGCAACUGUACGCCGUGGGCGGUUUCGACGGUACCGCCUAUUUGAAAACGAUCGAGUUCUACGACACCGAACAGAACCAGUGGCGGUUGUGCGGCUCGAUGAACUACAGACGAUUGGGGGGUGGGGUGGGUGUGAUGCGCGCCCCACAAACCGAGAACCGGAUAUGGUAGUUGCCGCAUUUAUUGACGCCACAUUUUUUAUAUUUUCAAGAUGAAGUAUGAUGUUUGUGUCAUAUGGCUUGUUUGGUCCUCCUUUUUGUUAUCGAUUUAAUUGCCUAUUGAUUAUUAAUGUUUAGCGAGGAUAAAAUGGUAUGUUUUCUAUCAAGGUGUAUCAAAAGUAGUGUUUAAGUUAGUGGCACAGGGGGCAAUCAGCGAUCAAACAUUUCUAUUAUAGUAAAAGUAUCUGUCGAGUCAAAUCCUUCAAUAAAGCAGCGACCCUACGACGGCUAAAAUAUUACUGCGAAUAUCCACAAACGUUUAAUUUUGUAUAUCGGUGAUUCCUUCUUUACUUUGGGAAAUUGAAAAUUGCUCUCAUUUUUUUAUUAAUUCUGUUUAUUCAUUAUUCUAUUUUAUUUCUUAAAAUUGCUUUAAUUUCUAUUAAUUUUCAUCCUGAUGAUCCCUUUAAAGAUACUAUUUUAGAGUUUGACCAGUCAAUUUUCUUAUUUAAGAAAAAUGCAGGACCGUGCCAUAAUUUGGAACAUUCUAAAAUAUUUUCAGGUGGUAAAAUAUCAUGAGAUCAAAGAUCAACAAAAUUCUCGGCCGAUUUCACAUAUAGUAAAAGAGCUUCCUAUUUUCUAACAAAUUUUCCACUGUUACAGAUAUUUAAAAAAUAAUAAUUCCUUUGGCACUAUACUAAAGUAAUAAAUAUAAUUCUACUUGUUAUAAAGCCAUCCUGUAAUUUCAUUAAAAAAAAUAGAAAAACACAAAUACCAAUAAAACAUGAACGAAUAGUUCAAAACUUGCCUUCUCCACUUUAUGUAAAAUUUCACAAUUGACACAAAAAACAUGCUCUUAGAUGUACAGUUGUAAAUGUAACAUAAUUGUUUGUUUAUGGAUUUACUUUAUUAUUUUCAAUACUAAUUUUAUCAUUUAAUUCUAUUUAUUUAAUUUUCACAAAAUUUAUCUAUGAACUAUUUAUUUAUGAACCUUUUUUUAAUAAGUUUGCCAAUAAUAGGGCUCCACAAAGUUCCAAACAAGAGAAACCUUAACCUUUGAACAUCAUAGUAAAACUGUCAUUCAUUAUUUAAGGAAAUUUUUCUUAAAUAAAUAUAGGCAAUAAUAGAUGCAUCAGAAAAAGGGCUUUAAUACACUUUAAAUUCUUAGAAAAAUUCUUCACUUAUUCCAGGCAGUUGGGGUCACUUUUCCAGUUUUUUCCGGGCAAUUGAACUAGUUUUUCACGUGUUUCAAGUUCCUGGAAUAAUUUAUUAUUUAUUUCGAACCCUUGGAGUCAUUUUUAAAAAUUUCCAGGGUAUUAAAGUGGUUUUCAAUGCAGUAUAACCUCCUAGAAAAAUUGUUCAUUUAUUCCAGGCAGUUGGGACCUACUUUUUCAGGUUUUUCCAGACAGUUGGGCCCUACUUUUCUAGUUUUUUCCAGGCAAUUGAAUUAGCUUUUCACGUGCUUCAAGUUCCUGGAAUAAUUUUUUAUUUAUUUCAGACACUUGGAGUGAUUUUUUCAGGCAAUUGAAGUGGGUGUCAAUGCAGUUUAACUUCUUGGAAAAAUUCUUCACUUAUUCCAGGCAGUUGGGGUCACUUUUCCAGUUUUUUCCAGGCAAUUGAAUUAAUUUUUCACGUGUUUCAAGUUCCUGGAAUAAUUUCUAUUAAUUUCGGACACUUAGUCAUUUUUUAAAAUUUCCAGCCACUUGAAAUGGGUUUCAAUGCAGUUUAACUUCUUAGAAAAAUUCUUCACUUAUUCCAGGCAGUUGGGCCUUACGUUUCCAAUUUUCUCCAGGCAAUUGAACUAGUUUUUUAGGUGUUUCAAGUUCCUGGAAUAAUUUCUUAUUUAUUUCAACGCUUAGAGCAAUUUCUUAGAAUUUCCAGACAAUUAAAGAAAUUUUUAAUAAAAAAAUUAAUUCUAGAAAAAACUUAAAUUCCCACCAUAAUUUUCCACAUAUAUAAUCUAAUCUACCAUCGGUCAUUAACCAAUCUAUACAUAUUGAAGUUAUUCAAUUAAUGCUAACCCUUUUUACUGUUCUAAUCAAAUUCUAACCAACCAUGCAACUCUAUGUUACUUAGAUCUUAGUCUUUUAAGACAGAAAUCAUUCUCACAAGCAUCUAAUUUCAUUGAUAUGCCAUAACUGUUAAACUAAGAUUUUUGCCAAGAUUAAACAUGGUCCUAAGAAGCCCAAAGAAUCAAAGAUCUUCACUGUAUAUGAUAAUAUUGUAACCUUACUGGAAUUAGAAAGUAGUAGAGAUACUAAAUUUCAAAUUACCAAAGUUUUAUGACUAUAUUCUUCACCAAAAUGUAUUGAUUUCAUAUCUGACAAAUUUCCACUUGCAAAGAAUUCAUACAUUCUGACCUUAGAAUUAGAUCAAUUUUUAGACUUUAAACAAUUGCACUUUGAAAAUUCAUCCGCAUAGAUGUAAUGCAGAAGUUCCAUUGAUACCAAAGUCACUGUAUUGAGUGUCUAUUCUUGAAUUUUAUGAUUAGAAUCUAAACUCCAUACAAUUUUUUAAAUCUGACGUACUAACCAAAACCAUCCUAUACAUUUUAAUAAUAUCAACACACAUUACAAGUUUGUGUUUACGAAAUUUCAAAAGAAUUUACUACGUGUUUCAUCCUGUAAAUUAGGACUUAUAUAUUAGAUAUCAUUGUGAUAACCAUGUAGUUUUUUCUGAUCACUAAAUAUCACUCUUAACUUUGUGGUAAUGAUCACACAAGACAGUUUAGCAAAUACCAUUUGACUCAUUUUCUAGGAAAGAUACAUACAGACUAUUCAACUCUAUAUUUGUACUUCUUUCUAAUAAGAAAAAUGUGUUCACAGCAUAUUGUGUAGAAUCACCAGGUUUAAGUCAUGUCACAUAAAGGAAUUUUUACUACAAAUCUCUCAAAAAAAAAGUCUUGAAAAGUUGAAUUAAGGAAUUUCACACUAUGUCUUCCUUUGACAAUACUUGUUGAAAUUUAAUUAAAUCAAUCAAAGAAUAAAGACAGGUGCCGAAUCCUAUGGUGGAAUGUCAAAAUGGGCCCCGGCUCGGUAUAUCGUUAGUUUUUUUUGCAAAUAUCUGGACUUAGGACAACCAUUGAGUAAUUCAAUAUAGCGUCUUUAUUUUAACAGUACUUCUGAUACAACUAUUUUUUUACCUUUGCUUUAUGUUCUAUAGAAAUAACAAAUUUUUCUAAAAAAACUCAUUUAUAUUAAAAAAUAUAUUUUCGGGUUAUGUUAUGGUGGCGUCAAUUAUCGAUGUUGUAUAUAAUCACGUUACAGUUCAAGUUAUAGUUCGAUAUUAUGUGUGAGUUACCUAGUAAUGGUAAUAUAAUAAGUAUAGUCUCCUUUUAGCUCCAUACACGUGAUCCAACAAUGUUUCUUAGUUUGCUUUCUUUUUCUUCUUUAAUCAAGGUUAACCUUGAUUAAAGAAGUUUAAGUUAACAUUUUCUAGAUGUCUAUAAUGACUUCCUUAUCCUCCUCAGACCCAAGGUGAAAUUAAAACAUAUCUUUUUAAAACACGUACUUUUUUGUAAAGUGUUGGGCCCAAAAAACAACAAGUAAAAAGUAAGGUAUCAUAUUUGAUACCUUGGGUUUAAAUAAAUACAAAAAAAGUUUCAAUAAAAAACUUUAUUGGUGAAAAAGAGCAAAACAGUUUCGCUCAACGGAGCAGCAAAGAUAUACGUCACAUGAAGCACACUUAGCAAAUUUACCACAUUUCGGAUAUCGACAUUUUGAUCUGGAUUUCUGGUCGUGUUUGGUAAAUACUGGUAGAUGAGUGUUUCCCUGCUUCCUCUCUCUUCUAUUUGGAAUAGGCUGAAUUUUCCUUUGUUUUCGGGGCGUUACCUGCUCUUCAUCAGAAUCACUUUGCUCGCAAUCUGCUUGAGGAAUAUCAGUGUAAACGAGAGUUUUGGCAAUUAAUAAUUUGAAGUCAAGGUAAUCUAAGGUUUCUUUUCUCCGCAAGCCUUCUGCAAUAGCAUUUUGUCGGUAUUCCAGCCAAGACGCAGCUACGGCAUAAUCCAAAAAAUGAUAAAUUGUACGUCCACUUUUUGGUACGUCCACGCAUUGCAUACUUUCCAAUGACCCUAUCUAAUAAAUCGACGCCUCCCAUAUUCUCAUUGUAAUCGGCAACUAUUAUUGCGGGUUGAUUAAUUCUAAUGUAUUUAUUUUCGGUCUUUGACCACCUUUUACAACCACCCAGGGGUUCAACACCAGAGCACAAGGAAACAAAAUGCACUGGUUUCGAAUCAAACCAUUUAGUCAGAAUAAUUUUUCCAUCUCCUCUCUUGAGUGAGUCAUGUGAUCCACGACCCAAUUUUUUUAACUGAUUAUCAGUUUGCGGAAUUGCGUUUUUGGGAAUUUUAGAAGCCAUUAUUGUACCAGCCAAAGUUAUUUGUCUUGACAAAAGAACAUCAAUCAAAGAUAUUGAAGUAAAAUAACGGUCAGUAUACACUGAUACUCCUAUCGGCAAAGUUUCGGUCAGCUUCAGCACCAUUCUGCCACCUACGUCUAGUUUUUCUGGUGUUUUAAAUAGCGAUGAUUCGACAGAUGGUCCUUUUCCGUCAUAGAGAUAAAAGUCCAACGGAAUUCCCUUCGGUGUUGUCAUGACGAAAUUUUUUAAUCCCACUGGAUUUGGCUUACCCCUAAUAAAUUGUCGCAUUUUUACUUGGCCAUGAAAAGAAAUCAUUUGUUCAUCUAUUGACACUGUUUUCGUUCGUUCAUUUAAACGGCAUCCUCUUUGCACUACGUCCAAUAAAGGCCUUACUUUCCAGAAUCUAUCUAUUAUUUUUUCUUUAUUGGUAACCCUCUGAUCUUCUACAAGUUUUACCCGUGAUGGCAAUAUAAAGUAACGAUUUCUUGAAAUUGUGUCUGAAACAAUGGGUACUCUUGUACAUCCUUAUUCUCGGUAGACCAUAAAUUCCAAUCAACAUGGAAGCUCCAAAGAAUUUUCGCAAUCCAUAUUCAGAAGUUUCAAGGGAACAAAGGGCCUGUCUCAAUAACCGCACGCAUAUUUGUGAAAAGUGCCAUUUGUUCAAAGAAAGUAUCAGAAAUGUAUUUUCUUAGGUACAUACUUGGUUGAUUUAAUUGAGUGGAAAUGUUCUCGUUUUUAAAGUUAAACUGGAAUGGUUCAAAUUCCCGGACACGGGACCAAGUUUUUUCAUGGGCAAGAGGCUCGUCAUCCGAAGAAUCACUCAUUUUUUCUGCCAUCUCCAUAUCCUCUAUACUUUCUAAUCCAUCCUGAUGAUCAAUGUUAAUAUUAACCAAAUCCAAGUCCAUAUCUACUUCAUCUCCACUCUCCGACGAUAAAUCGCCGAUAUCUGAUUGGUCUAGGUCCAGAUUAAGUCCUAACUAAUUCUUCUAGCUCGAAGCUGGUUAAGGCCCCUAAAAAUUAUUUCAUAGACGAGUUACGAAAUAAUGAUGUUCAACAAGGCAAAUAAUUAAAAAAAUCCAAAAUAUGAUUUUAUAUUUAACACAGAAGUCUUAGAUACCCACUGGUGAUACCUUUACUAAGUCUACCAUUUGCGGCACGAUUAGAUUACUAAGAGAGAAUUUUUUAUUAAACAUGUUCUAUGUGCUACCUGCCGUCAAUAUAUAACAAUAAAAAAGCAAGAACAAUAUUACUUACUCUUAUUUUGGUCAAAAGGCAUAAUGAUGCAACGUGCACUUGCAAAUGUAAACAAUACAGUAACCUAACCUCACCACUACAGCGUGCGUCGGCAAAAUAAAAAUGUGUGCGCAUUAUUGGCUAUGUAUCACUUAUGAUACCAUCGAGAACUGGCGGCUAAUUGCUUCAGCGCACCGAAAAAAAAAUUAAAUCCUCAGGUAUCAUAUAUAAUACUUGGGGUUUGAGGAGGUUAUUCCAGAAUUGAAAUUUAAGGGAGUUAUUAUUGGGGUUUAAUGAGGCACAUGCACACUUACCAAAUAAUACGAAUAGCAAUCAGGGUCGCAAGAAAUAAGAUACUUUCAAAGGCCUUUAACGAAGUAGGGUAAACGAGAUAGGUCCUACUGCAAUGAUUACACCAGCUUUUGAAAACGUUAAGUUACACGUGCGUGAAAAGCAAAUCCCUUCAUUUAGAAUAUUUUUGAUAAAUUUGAGCUCAUUUUCGACUUCUUUUAAAUCACCUGCUUCAUGAAUAUUUUCUUGAUCGUUAGAAUGGUCAUCACUUUUUUCAGAAAUGUCUCCAAAUUGUAGUUUUCUCGUGACACGCUGCAGUUGUGAUUUUUGUAAAGGUUUCUCUAGUCUAAGGGUUAAUUUAUUUAUGAAAAGCUCUUCUCGUGGUGGUUGUUGAGUACUAAAAAUGGUAUUUUCAACCUUUAUAUUUUUUAAGCAUUUCUGUUCACUUUGCCCUCUUCUGUUUUUGUUUUUAAGCGCUUCCUUUUCUUUAGCAGCUUUUUUUAAUUCUUUUUCCUUCUUUCUAUUUUCCUUUUCACUAAGCCCGAUCUGUUUCUUUAGUUCUUUAUCAUCAUGAAACUUUUUCCAUGAUGACGACGACAAAAUAAAAGAUACCUUUUCGGAAGUUUUUUCCCUUUCCUUUGGGGCGUAUUAGGGUAGUAUAAAUAUUUAUCUAGAGCGGUUUUGUCUGGAAAUUGUAUAAUGUUUUCUUUAGGAUCAUCCAUAGUUAAAUCAUUAGGAAUAUCUAAAGGUAUAUCUGCCUUAUUAAUUUCUUUGAAAUUGUCCACGGUGAUUUCAUCUAAUAAAAGGUCUUCAAAAUCAAACUCAGUUUCUUUAGGAUUAUUAAGAUUCCCAUCUUUUAGGAUAAUCCAUUAAAUUUUCUUCAGGAUAAACUAUAACUUCAUGCCAAACACCAUCUUGUUCUAUAAUAAUAGGCAAAGUCUGGAUAUCUAUUUUAGACAUGUCAUUUUCAGUAUUUUCCAGUCGAAUAGGAUCAUAACUUGCUAUUUCACUUGCUUUAUCUUCUUUUGGAAUAGUUUGUGUAGCACUUUCUUUUUCUAUUUCUUGUUGAGCCUCCUCGGAUGCUAGUACUUGAUUUGUUUCUGUUUGUACAUUUUUGGCUACGUAAUUUAAUGCACUAGCUUCAGUUUGUUAUAUUUUUUUUACGUUUUGAUAUUCAUUCCAUAGAUUAUAUAAAAUAUUAUCAUCAUUCGUAUCAAAAAUUCCAUCAGUAUUUUUUGUGAGUAGAUCAAUUUUUGUUUGGCCAAUAAUUUCUUUAAAUCUUCUAAAGUUUAUAGUUUUUUUCGUCAUUGUUUGUUGGAGCACUGGAUGUUGUAUUGUUUUUCCCCAAACAUUUACUAAAGUCAAUCGAGUUUGGUUUCCAUGGAAACAACCCGCAUGCUUUAAAACCAUUGAUUAUAAUUUCCGGACGAACUGAAUUUGAAAUGACAACGCUCAAUAAUCCUGCAAACUCUUUUUUUGUCAAUUCUUCAGUUGGAUUAGUUCUACGCCAUUCUAAGACCCCCUUUCUCCAGCCAUCCUUUAAAGGUUUAAACGUUGAUACAUCCGCUCGCUGGAGAAUGCGGGUUGCAUUGGGGUAGAGGGAUAUGAGAAUAAUUUCCAGGUUACUACACAACUGGCUUAAUUUUCGUUUAAUAUGUGUUUUAUGACCGUCGACGAAGAGUAUUACCGGAAAAUUAAUGCCUACUUUUUUUAAAUGCUUAUAGAAACUAUUGGCUACAUAUUCGUAGGAGAUUUCUGUUUUCAUCCAGCCUGUAUCACUAGUUGCGAAUGUAAAUCCAUCAGGAACAGAAUCACCAAUUUCUUUACGAAGUCUUUUACCUGGAUCUAUGAUUAAUGGCGGAGUAUAACUUCCCGCAGCACUAAAAGUAAAGAGUAAAUACGUUUUUGGUGCCCCUGGGCGUGAUUACUUUUUUAAUUUUGGGGGCAUAGUUGAAAAUUCGUCUCAUCGGCAUUAAACAGUCGCUCGGGAUCCUGAAGCACUUCGCUGUAUCCUUUUUCACUUAAAUACCAUCAAACCAAGAUCUUAUAUCACUCUCGCUAACGUUGGAUGAUGCAGCAGAUACUCAGUUUUUCGGAUCGUCAACUCCGGGUGUCUUUUCAUAAAAGCUUUAUACCAUCCAUCUCCUGGCAGGUUACCUUUGAAUGGAUUUUCUCGAGGUGAUUCAUCGAGAAAUUGUUUCACUGAAAUAUGGAUAUCCUCUUUUCUACGCGGGAUUUUUUUUUGGCACUCUUUAAUCCAGUUAAAAAAUGAGCUCCUCAUUGGUUGUUAGAAUAGGAGAUGGGCCGUGGGAAGAUUUGGAAAACUUAUCUGACAGCCUAAAUUGCAAAGUAGCUCUGGGAGUGUUGUACUUUCUACAAGCCUCUCAUUUGGGCAUUCCAUUAUUUACUUCCUGAAGAGCUUUAUUUAAACGAUCGAAUACCUUUUAGUAUUUGAUUCUUGAUUUGCAGUCUUAGGCAUUCUAGAAUAAAAAAAAUGACAAUAACAACUAUAAAAAAAAUAAAUAAAAGGUUUUAAUUAUGUAUAUUAUUAUUAUUAUUAAAAUAGUUAUUAUUGUUGCUAUUUUUAACAAAUUAUGCCAAAAAUGUGGCUUAGUUAAGAAAAAUUGUGUAAACUCAUCAAAAUGCUAUUUACACAAUUAUCGGCCGUGGACAAUAACUCAAUCCAAACAAAAUAUUGAAAAUAUGGUACUGAUAUUAUAAAAUAAACACCAUUUGCAAUGCAAAAUCUAUUAAACCAAGUUUUUUUAUAAUAGAGCAAAAUUACAGUUAUUAUUCUACUAUCUAUUCUAUACAUUUUACGAAUACAGUAAUUGGCCCCCUUAAUUUUUAGUAAAAAAAGCAUGUUUUUAAUCCUUUUUGCUCAAAAAAAUUAAUUUAAAAUCCCACUAAAUGAUUUACAAGUGAAUGUUAACCGAAAAAGAUGAUAUUGACAAGAAAAACUAUAAAUAAAAAUUAGCUCUAACUUACCUGUUUCAAGAAAAAUGGAGACAAAUUCACUUUAGCAAAACACGUUCUCUCUCUAACAGCUGUUAAACGACAACUAAACGAUGAUAUAUCCGGAAGCUUUGCAUUUCCUUAAAGGAAUGGAUGAUCACACUAUGCAAAUCAAAAAAGACCGUUAAAGGUUUAUUUACACAGCACUAAUUAGAAAUAUUAUAAAAACUGCGGGCCAACAACUAUCACGUUUACCCUAAAUUGACUGAAUUCUCGUAGGUAAUUGUUUCGUUAUCGACACGGUCGAAGGCCUUUAUUAAAUCACAAAAUACCGCUUCAAAGAUUUGCUGAAGAAAUGUUUUUGUGAGAAAACGACUAUGGAAGUGAACUACAGCUUGUAGAGGUCAUUUUUUGCUCUCAUUCCUUUUUAUUUCCGUGAUGAAUGACUUAGACCUUUGAAAUUGAAGUAUUUCAAUACAUUGUGUCUUCUCCAUGUGCGUAUAAAAUCAUUUUUCAAUAAUUUACUAGUACUCAUACAUAAUUCCGCUUUUAACUGAGAUGUAACAGGUCUGGCAAAUGAUAAAACAUUACAUGUUUUUUUGAUACAAAACGUUUGAUGUUUUACAUACGGGCGGACAUCUUGUAUAUAAGCACGUGCGUCUUCUAUGUAUUAGAUAGGAAUAAGUAUUUAAAAUUCAGCCUGUAUAUAAACUAAAAUCUGCAUGUUUAUAUUUGUUAUGUGACUUACAAUAGGUCACAUUACGAAAUUGUUUAUUGACUGUUAUUAGAAUAAUUAAUCCAAUUGAAUUUUAUCCGAAGUAGGUAUUUAAUUUCUAGAAUUAAAUUAAUUAGGUAGAUAUUAUAAGGAAUGCUUAAGGUAUAAUUAUUAAGAUAUUUAAGGGUACGUUUUGUUUUUUAUUAGUGAUUAAAUUUUAAUACUUACCUAUAGGUUUAUACCAAAAAAAAAUUAACGAUCCGUUUUUAUUAAUAUGGUCACAAAACACCGUCACGGGCUAAGAAUAUUUUCAAUUGUACAAAAUCGUCAACGUUUAGGAAUCUCUAUGUUAAAUGUGACAUUAAGGCUUAAGUUUAGAUAAAAUUUAAAAAAUUAUGUAAGGUAGGCAAGGGCAAUAGGGCCCACAAAUAAAAUAUAUGAAUAAAAACUUGAACGUA